AUGUUUGCUGAUGGGAAUAAAAAUUCGCGAACACUAUUCAGACAGACAGAAACUACAUUUCGACGAUUGCAAUUCAACCGAAAACUUGCAAGUUGCACAGAAACUGUUUAUACGCGAUUUCAACUUAACUUCAAAUGUAUUAAAAAGCUAAACAAAUAUGAUAAAAUUGCCAUUUUCAUGACUUUAAUUUUAAUGAGCUCAAUGGAGUCAUCUUAUCCACUUUUACCUCUGUCGCUUAAUUCAAUUAAAACUGUCACAGAAAAGCUAUAUGCAAUUUUUCGUUUUCCGUCCCCCCUUGCUGCUAGCAGUAGACGAGAUUGUAAACUUUUAUUUUCAUGCUUCAGUGCAAGAAAACUUAAAAGAAAUAAAAAUUUAUUGAAUGCUCAAGCAACAGAAGAAGCUUUUGUGAUAUUUUUAACCCAUACAAAGCUUUGUAAUAAUUCGCAGCAGUUGAAUCAAUACAAAAACCUGCAUGCUGCGGAAAAAUUCGCUGUUGUCAAUAUCAGCAACCUGCUUGGGUGUUCGAUCAGAAGCUUGGAAUGA